AAGAGAGAGGCCCAAAAAAGCAUAAAAUUUGUUCCAACUUUUUAUUUGAAUCGACUCAUUUAUCUUAGUGCAGUCAGCUUUUUUUCUUUCUUUCCUUUUCUCUUAAUAAUAACUCAUACGCCAAGCUUUUGUGAAAGGUAGGCUAAUCUAGUAUAAAACUGCUUUGUGGAUCUUGUACUUACACUCUUUCUCUUUUCUUAUUCUCUUAUUCUAUUUUUUUAUAUUGAUAGUUUUUCCCCCCUUUUCUCUCCCUUCUCACCCUUGAAAUGGAUCAGAAUAACAAUAGAGAGUUUUUGCUUGAACAAUUAGGACAAUUUCUUCAAAACUAUAAAUUAUCACAAUACUACGAUACCUUUGUAGCUGAAGGAUUUGAUAGAUUAUUAUCGUUGUUUGAUAUUACUGAAUCAGAUUUGAUAUCACUCCAUGUAAAAAGAGGGCAUAGACGAGUAUUACAAAGAGCCAUAGCAACAGCCCGAGGUGUACCUCUUACAACGCCCAUUAUGAUCAAUUAUGGAUAUGAUGAUCAAGAUCAUACAGCAAAACCAGGCACAACCAUCACUACAACCACAACUACAGUUACCAAGACUAUCGAAAGUCCAAAAGAAAGCCCACUGAAAAAAUACAAUCAAAGAAAGCGAAAGCAGUUUGUACCAGUGAAACCAGUGACAGCAUUUGAUGAAUUUCUGAAACAAGUAAAGAACGAAUUAAGUGGAGAUGAACACAUUGAGUUGUCAGAUGCUAUCUUGAUUGCUCAAGAAAGGUGGAAUCGAUUAAGUGUCCAUCAGAAAGAAAGAUAUGAACGAGAAGCACUUCACGCCAAUUCGGAUUAUGUGAUGGAUUUCAAUUAUGAUGAUCAAAAGUUUUAACAAUAGACACAGUAGAGAAAAUUCUUCUUAUCACUCAUCGAGAUACCAUCCCUAUCGACAAAAUACACCUGAUUUGGAAUGCUAUUCUUCUUCUCCAAGAAGUGCUUCUACUCGUCAACCAUCUCUGUCAACCGUCAUUAACCCGAAAAAUAUUGGUAGUGACUCACCGUCUUCAUCUGAUUAGACAUGUAUAUAUAUAUGUAUCUUUAUACCCCUUCACUUCCCUUCAUCAUAAAGCAAUAAUAAACAUUGGUCGCAUCCUAUAGGUGGCUUUCAACUCAGACAAAAUGCACUUACAAAAAACGCGUACGACCUAAGAAAAAAUUUUUUU